AUGUCUCGCGUCCUAACCGAAAAAAUUCGCCUCGAGCCCGAAUUCACGGAACCCGAAGACUAUCUCCAAUCCACGCUCUCCACGCUCUACCCCGACGACAUCCAAAAUCAACAUGGCGGUAACGAUCAGCACAUCGUAUAUACAUCCCCAACUCUUGGCGAGAUAACAUUAGAAUUAUAUCGGCCCGCAGGUGAGAAGGGCAGACUUUUAUUCGCGCAUUAUCUAUGGAACGCGGGGUUGCAGCUAGCGGAGUUUUUUGAAGAGGGCGAUGGGAGGAGAGGUGGGAGGGAACGAUGGGAGGUUACGGGAGAGAGAGUGUUGGAGGUGGGCAGUGGGACGGGAUUGGCGGGGAUAGUGACUGCGUUGAUGGGGGCGCAAGAGGUGGUUUUGAGCGAUUAUCCCGAUGAGGACGUGCUUGCGAAUUUGCGGACGAAUGUGGCAAAGAACAUUGAGACGGAUGGAUUCGGAGACGUCACGGUUCAGGGCCAUGAGUGGGGAGUGGUAGAUGAUGAGUUUUCGGUGAAGAAUAAGGAGGGUUUUAGUCGGGUGAUCGCAUCAGACUGUCUGUGGAUGUCGAGGCAGCAUGAGAAUCUUUUGAAGUCGAUUCGGUGGUUUUUGAAGGCAGAUGGACGGGCUUGGAUCUGCGCAGGUUUUCACACAGGUCGUGAAAUAAUGCGUGAGUUCUUCGAAGAUGAAACACUAGCAGCGGCUGGGUUGGAGAUAGAAACCAUCUAUGAGAGAGAUGCCAAUGCUGUUGAGAGAGAAUGGGUUAUGGAUAGAGGAGUAGAGGAUCACGAUGCGACGGCCAGAAAGCGAUGGCUAGUAAUUGCCAUUCUGAAGAGACGAUGA